AUGAACUCAUCUGCAUUAUUUGAAUUAGCUGAUGACCGACAUCUAAACGCUUAUUUUGGUAUAAUUAUAGCAGGCAGUAUUGGUCAUUUAAUAUUAUUUAUUAUCACUAUAGCAAGUAAACGAAUACAGAAGAAUAUCAUUUUAUUACAGUUUUACGCACUUUUUUGCAUUAUACUCUGGUUUGAUGCCAUUCUUUUAUGGACUGGACACAAAAAUAGUUUAACGGAGGAUAUACCCACGGCAAUUCGUAUAAUUAAUGCCACCGUUAGGGGUACAGGUUUGAUUAUGAAUAGUUGCACAUCACUUAUCGUAACUAUGCGAAUAUGGGCUACAGUCAACGCGGCUAAAGCAACAUCAUUCAGUCAAUUAAAGGAUUACAUAGAUUCCCCUAUCAUUGUCGUCAUACCCUGGCUACUUGGUAUGCCAUUCUUUAUCGCACAUCUUGUGGCCUCAAUACAAGAUACCAAUAACGUCAUACGGACGCCCUACUUUUGCGUUAUACUAAAUGAGAAACUAAAUCUGGCAACGGCAUUAACUAGUACGGUUGUUAUGUUCGUACUCAUGAUCGUCGCAUUUUGGACAGCAAUUAUAUUUAUUAGAUUACGUGUAUCACAAAUAGGUCUUGUGAAAGUACGCAAAACAAUUGAUAUACAACUCACUUCACGCAUCGUUCUCUUUCUUUAUUAUAGUAUAACAAGUUUGGUCGUUUUAUUACAAGCAACGAUCGAAUUUCAAGGUUUUAAGACAGGCCCAACAUUGACAUUCGCCGCUACUGGCUUAGUCGCAUUCGUUAUUUUUCUCAUUCAAGCAGAUGUUCUCAAGGCAAUUGCAAUUUAUUUCAACUUGAGUGAUAGUCCGACGCCAACGAACAGUCACUCACAAUCACGUUCAACUAAUACAACUGAAGCUUUGAUACCACGGCGAAAACUCUCUUUAAGCAUCUUUUUACCACCAAAAGCUCGGGUGCGGGAUAAUAAUAUUAACAACACAGUUUCACAAUCUACCUCAAAAUCUGCAUCAACACAGUCAUUUCCAUUGUUACCAUUGUAA